CUCUCUGACCAGCCUGAGUGUGUGACAGUGUGUUUGAGAGAGAAGGGCCUUUACCAUGAAGACCUGGGUGCUGUUGUCGCUGUUGCUAGGAGUGGGGUGCAUCCGCGGUGCACCGGUGGAGCAGGAUGGCUUGGAGCAGGGGUCAUGUGAAGACGCAUCAGCGAAGGGCGCUGCUGAUUUGGCUCUAAACAAGAUCAACCAUAACCGGCAGGAGGGCUACGUCUUCGGCCUGCACCGCCUGUCCAACGUCCACAUGGCAACACAUGGAGAGACCGGCGUGGUUUUCUACCUGACUCUGGACGUUGUGGAGACCAACUGCAGUGUUCUCAGCAAGAAGGACUGGAAGGAGUGUGAAGUUCGUCCCACCGAAAGCACACCGGUAUACGGACAGUGCAAAGCUUCCAUCUACAUCAAUAAGGUGAAGAGAGUGGUCCGUCUCUACAAAUACAACUGUGCGGUCAGACCAGCUCCAGCAGCUAAGGUGGCUGAGGUGUGUCCCGACUGUCCAACUCUUACUGACAGUGACAACGCUGAGGUUCAGAAGGCUGUGAAACUCUCUCUGGAGAAAUUCAACAAGGAGAGCAAACUGGUCAAUCGUUUCGCUUUGCUCAAAAUCACCCGUGCUACCUCCGGGAUGGCCAUGAGUAUGUAUUACAAUGCAGAGUACACCAUCCAGGAGACCAGCUGUACCCAGAGCACAGAUCCAGCUGCUACGUGCCCCCUCAUGGAGUGCGAGUUCGCUCACAAGGGCUUCUGUAAGGGAUCCCUGUUCUACUCUCCCUCUGGUGAGCCGGACACCAGUGUAGAGUGUGAAAUCUACGAGCCUGAGGCUGCUGAGAGAGAGAAGAAACUGCACCUACUGGACACCGACCACAGCCACAAUGACACACAUGCACACGACCCAGCCCAUGAUAAAGCCCACGCCGCAGACCAGACACACUCACACGACCACGUGCACGACCACACCAAGAGCCACUCUCAUCAUGACCAAACCCACAAGCACGCUGAUGGCAGCGACCACCACCACACACAUGACCACGGUGCAGGCAGCUCCCACCGGCAUGCUCACGACCACUCCCACGACCACGGGCACGGCCAUGACCACGUGCACAUGCAUCACGCCAAGGCACACGACCACAGUGGCGACUCUCCUAACCAUCACCACAAAUACCAGCAUGCCGAUGGCGUGCACACCCAUGAGCACGACCACGAACUCGCUCUGGACCAUGACCACAAGCACGCUCACCUGCAUCCGCAUGAGCACCACCAUCAUCACCACGACCACGACCACGAGACCACAGUUCACGAUGAACCAGAGGGCAUGGUGAGGAUGCUGCCCUCCAUGGACAAGCCCGUGACCCUGCCUUCCUUCCCUGACGUUCCUGCUGGUGGUCCAGUGGUUGGAGUCACUCUGCCCCUUAAGCCCGACCCCCAGAUUCCUGACAUGAUGGAACCCACCAUAAAGACCUUCCCAACCGCAGUCUCAGCCCAGUGUACCCCCGCAGCGCCAGGAGAGAAGCUGGUUGAGAAGCUCUUUGCUGAAGACCCCAUGUUCAAGCCAGCUGCAUAAAGUGGCCUAUUGAGCUUAACUGGGAACUGAUGUUAAAAAUACACACAACGACACAGACUCUGUGAAGCAAAGACAGUAAAGUAAUUUAACAUUUGAUACAUUUGUAUUUAACACAUCAGUGCAACAAACCACAACUGUUUUCUUGUGCUGAGUUUGGCCAAAAUCAUGAUCUUUUGUAAGCACAUAACAUGUGAUCUUUUGUGUCUCUCUUCAACCAUUUAAUAAACACUUAGAACAUAAAACAGUACAUUACCAUAAACAUCAGCCUUUCUCUCUCUUUGUACCGAAUUCAUUAUUAAUAAAAUAACCAACAAGCUGGUCAUUUUCUCAUUGACAAUCCUUCCCACUGACCACAACAAGCUCACAUUCACAUGGACAAACCAUUUUCAGCAGUGUACAUGAAGAUUUACUGUAAAAUGCAGCCAGCAAACAACAAGUUUUCUGUAUUUGUAUAUUAUCUGUUCUUGGCUGCACAGAAAAAACAAUUACAACACAAAUACUGGUGCAGUGUAUUUGUGUUGAUCAAGACCAAAGUGAUUCAUUUUGUGAUGAUUCAGUGCACUUGUCCACGACUCCAACCAACAACUCCCCCUGUGACUACUGUCACUGCUGCCAAACAAGAACACCAUGAAACUGAUCAUCAGAUAAUUGUCUGUUUUUUGAAUCUGUUCACACUAAUUAAAGAACACCAAAAUAAACUAUCAAAA